AUGGGGUCUCUCAACGAUCCGGAAAGAAAAAGAUCUUCGGAUCGCAGAUCGACAACAUGGCGACCCGUGGCGCUGGUCUUGAUUGUGGUGGUGGCGUGGUGGCACAUCUCGCGCGUUCACACCCGUCCCAUUCUUGAACGACCGUCCCUCGAGACAGAGACACCCUUUACCUGGGCAGAGCUCAACCCCGAGCCCACCCUUCAGUACGAACCCUGCUUCGAUGGCUAUCAAUGCGCCCGCCUCGAUGUCCCCAUGGACUAUCACCGCGCCGACGGUCUUGGGCGUCGCGUCGCGGUCGCGAUAAUCCGCCUCCCCGCCAAAGUGCCCGUAACCAAUCCCCGCUACGGCGGCGCCGUCCUCAUCAACCCUGGCGGACCCGGCGGGUCGGGCGUCUUCCAAGCCCUCGUCGCCGGUCGCGGUCUACAAACAAUCGUCGACGCCGAGUCCGACCCCGGCCACAACACCACUGAAACAGCCCGCUACUACGAUAUCAUCGGGUUCGAUCCCCGCGGCGUCAACAAUACGACUCCAGGCUUUAGUUGCUUCCCCAACACGUUCGCCCAGCGGAACUGGGAACUGCAGGCCGAGGCAGACGGCAUGCUGGGCAGCACGCGCGACUCGCUCAUGCGCAACUGGCAACGUACACGGGCGCUCAACGUAGGCUGCGCGCGCAGUCUGUCUACACCGCCUGAGGUCGGUGCGGAGGCACUGGGCGAGCACAUCAACACGCCACCUGUAGCGAGGGAUAUGCUGGAGAUCGUGGAGCGGCAUGGAGAGUGGCGGGAGCAACAGGGACGGACAGAACAACAGCGGAUUGACCAGCUCCAUGGCUACGACUCGGCGCAGAGCAUUGUCCAGCGCACGCGUUGGCACCGCGGCGGCGAGAAGCUCCGAUAUUGGGGGCGAUCCUACGGCACGGUACUGGGAGCCACAUUCGCGAGCAUGUUCCCCGAUCGCAUCGAGCGCAUGGUGUUGGACGGCGUCGUCGACACAGACAAAUACUACCUCGACGAGGGACACAACGCGAUCGUAGACGCAGACGCCAUAUUCGACCGGUUUACGGAGUACUGCGACCGCGCCGGGCCCGACAAAUGCCCACUAUACACGCCCGGCGGACGCGACGCCAUCGCAACCGCGUACCGUCGCCUCGAAGCACAGUUAUACCACGCCUCAGUGGCAGUCCCUUCGUCGACCACCCGCGGCCCCGAAGUCGUCACCUGGACGGACCUCAAGAUCGUCCUCCGCAUCUCGCUCUACCAACCCAUGAUCGGCUUCCCGCUUCUAGCCCAACUCGCUAGCGACCUCCUCCACCGGGGGGACGGCUCCGCCCUAGCGGAUUUCAAGCACCGGGCGCGGACGCCCUCCUGUCCGACGGCGGAGUGUUUGCGGACGGGACCGUGGUCCGCGGAGUGUCAGGCACCGGGGCAGAACGAGCUGUACGUCUCGUCAGCGAUCUUGUGUACAGAUGCACUAUACAUGCAGGACCGGGAUGAGCUGGCGUUCGCGGAGUCGUGGGCCGCUAUGCAGCGGGAUAGUGCAAUGCUUGGGGAUUAUUGGUCGUCGAUUGAGUUGGGCUGUGCCGGGUGGGAUGUCAGACCGCGGUGGAUAUUGCCAGGGCCUUGUUCGGGGAACACGUCGCAUCCUUUGCUGUUGGUCAGCAUGCGGCUGGAUCCGGUGACGCCAAUGCGCAGUGCGCGGAUAAUGUCGAGCAAAUUCCCGGGGUCAGUCGUACUAGAGCAGGACUCAGAGGGGCACACCACUGCUGCGGCCCCUUCGCUCUGCACUACUAGCUUUAUUCGCCAUUACUUCCAAACUGGAGAGUUACCACCGCCUGGAUCGACCUGCGCGGGAGAUCUCAAGCCGAUGCUGGGGCCUGCACAUGUAGAAACUUUAUUCCCGGCAGAGAAGACCUGGGAUGCAUUGGAGAGUGGACUGUUGGGUCGGCAGCUACCAUUGUAG